AUGACUUCAUCAUUAUUCAUCAUUGUUCUAUACCUUAUAAAUAAUAAUUUUAAUCUUGUUUUUUCACUGGAUGAAUUUUAUAGUAAUAUAUCAUUAGGUAAUUCAAAUAAAAGUAUUUCUCAAGAAUAUAUACCUCUUCGUUAUUUCAUAUUAAAAACAUUUGUUAUUACAAAUCCAUGUUAUACAGAUAAAUCAAUUCUUAUACGUAAUUAUAGUUUAUAUAAAUAUGAUCGAGAACAACAACAAUGGAAACGAUUAUGUGUUGCUCGAAAAAUUUUUGACACACAAAUUCCAAUAGUUAAUUCAAUAGCUUAUUUAAAUAAUGAUUUAAUUUUAAUUAUUAAUGAAAUUUUAUUUCGUACACAAGAUUUAAUAAGUUCAUCAAAAACUAAUGAUAUUAUUUAUAGAUUAUUACGUUAUUCUAAUGUACCAAUUUUAUUUAAUAAGAUCGAUUAUGUAUUUACAACACCUUGUUGUACAUGUCUUAAAUCUAUUAAUUAUCAUUCUUUAAGUCAUAUAUUUAAUGAUUAUAUUAUUUUAGCUAAUAAAUUUGGAAAUGUAAUACUUUUUUAUUUGAAAACAAUGACAGUUGUUUAUAAUUUUGGAAAUAUUUUUCAAUCUCAAACUAUUUGUCAAUUAGAUCAAUGUACAAUUGUUUAUCUUGAACUUUCUCAUUCUAUACCACUGCUUAUAUGUAUUAUUAAAUAUCAAAAUGAAAAAGCAGUUAUUUUUCAUAAAUCAUUCUUAGAAUUGAAUUCAAGUUUUCAAAAAUCUACAUUUAUGAAUUUUACUGGUGAUACUUUAUACAUUACAUCAAGUACUUUUCAUAAUGCUUUUUUCAUUUGGGAUGAAAAAAAGAUUUAUUAUACAAUAAAUGGCGGUCUUAUUUUAUCUGAUGUGACAACUAAUGGUUGUCAAUUUGAUUAUUUAGAUUAUAUGAAUGAAGAUCAAUUGAAAAAUUAUUAUACAAAUCUUAAUAUUGAUUAUGAUAAUAUAACAUUAAGAACGAAAAAAAUCUAUUGUUUAAAUAUAACUAUUGAUUAUAUUUUUCUUUCGAAUAAUGAAUUUUUUAUUAGAACUAAAAAUAAUGAAUGGUUAUAUGGAAAAGAAUCAUUUCUUCCAUCUAUCAUAAAUCUUCAACUACAAAAAGAAUGUGUUUCGAUUUUUGAAAAUAUACAAAAUCUAUUUGUACCUCAAUUUGAUUUUAAUAUAAGUCAAUGUUUAUUAAAUAUUAAUAAACAAUCAUUAUCUUGUUCAAUGUUUGUUCAAUCUUUAUGUUCAUAUAUUUAUUUUAAACCAUUAUUUGAUAUUAAUAGAAUAUAUAUCUUAGAAAAAAAUAGUCAAAAAUAUUUUAAAUUUAUUCUUGAAGCUUAUACAAUUAUUCCAAUAAUGAUUGUUAGUACAAAAUCAAUUCUUUUAGAUUAUUCAAUUAAUUAUACAAUUAAUCGUUUGAACACAGAUAUUGUUCAGAUUAUAGGAGUGAGUUUAAGAAUUUAAAAAAAAAUAUAUAUAUAUAUAUAAUAUUGAAUAGAAUAUAAUAGUUUCAACGACAAAUCAAACAAGGUAAAACUUCAAAGUUUAAGACAUAUUUACUAUUUUAUUAAUUUUUCAUUAUCAAAUAAUUAUUUCUAAAUUCAUCUAUGUAUCAUUCGAUAUAGAACUCAAUGGGCUGAUUUUGUGCUAAACACACAGUUUUGAGAAUCCUUAAUUUUAACAUUUAAAUAUGAGUUAUAUUUAAUUAAAAAAUAUAGGAAACUUUUAAAGUAAAGCCAUAAGUAUUCAAAUCGAAUGAGAUAGCGAUGUUUUUUCUUUUUUUUUUAUAAAUGCAUCUUAGAUUUCAAAGCAUGAAUUCAAUUUAUUUUCUAGCAAUGAUCUCUACCGUUCCAGUCUGCUU